AUGCAUUUGAUCGCGCCAUGGUUUCGCUCCCGGCAAGCCAGGUCUCGAGUCGUCAGUUAUCUUCCGAGUCGUAAAAAGCGAUUAGCCGUGGCCAAUGGUGGAAGAAUUGAACGAGGAGGUCAUUCUUGGAUUGCGGCCAAAGGCGUUUAUUGGCUUAAAAAGGACUACCCUGUCAUAUUUUCCAUAGAUAUGGAAGGAAGUGGGGGACAUGCAGUUGUGGCAACGAAAUACAAGGAAAAGACAAGAAGGUAUCGUCAUUGCUAUCAAACGAUAACUGGAUGGUGGGGAAAGAGAACCAAAGAAAUCUGCCCCUGGAGGACAGCCUAUGAUUACGAGUUCUAUUUACAUUACGGCUGGGGAGGCUCAGGUAACAAAUGGCAACAAAUAGGUGCUAAGGGUGCCUAUGUAGCCUAUUUAGCAUAA